UCGGGGACCCCGGCCGCGUACGGGCCCGCGCGCUCCCGGCCCCAGCCAAGCGCGCGAUCGCUGCGUGCGGGCCGGACGGAGCCCGGCGCUCCCGGGAGAGGCGGAGGAGCGCCAGUGCGCCCCGAGAUCGCGCCCCGCGCCGCGCCCCUCCGCCCUCGCCCCGCCCCGCCCCCCCCCGCGGCCCUCCCCCUCCCGCCCCUCUCCGCGGCCGCCGAGGGGCCGGGCGGGCGGAGGGGAGGCGCCGAGCCGGGACUGCGCGCUCGCCCGCCGCGCUCUGGGCGGCCCGAACCAGCGGCCGGACCCCGCGCCCCGCGCCGCCGCCCGCUUUUGUUGCCUUCGCCUCCUCGGCCGCCGCCUGCGGACCCGAGCCACGCUCGCCGGGACCUUGGCGCUGCCCUUCGCGGGCCGGGGCUGCGAGGGCCCCGCCGGGAGCCCGAGAGAGGCGCGGCCGGGGGGUGCCGGCGGCCCCGCCAUGGAGCUCCGGACCCGCGGCUGGUGGCUGCUGUGCGCGGCAGCCGCGCUCGCCGCCUGCGCCCGCGGGGACCCUGCCAGCAAGAGCCGGAGCUGCAGCGAAGUCCGCCAGAUCUACGGGGCCAAGGGCUUCAGCCUGAGCGACGUGCCGCAGGCGGAGAUCUCGGGUGAGCACCUGCGGAUCUGCCCCCAGGGCUACACCUGCUGCACCAGCGAGAUGGAGGAGAACCUGGCCAACCGCAGCCGCGCCGAGCUGGAGACAGCGCUGCGGGACAGCAGCCGCGCCCUGCAGGCCACGCUCGGCGCCCAGCUGCGCGGCAUCGAUGACCACUUCCAGCGCCUGCUGAACGAGUCGGAGUGGGCACUGCAGGACACCUUCCCCAGCGCCUACGGAGACCUGUACACGCAGAACACCAGGGCCUUCCGGGACCUCUACGCGGAGCUGCGCCUCUACUACCGCGGUGCCAACCUGCACCUGCAGGAGACGCUGGCCGAGUUCUGGGCCCGCCUGCUUGAGCGCCUCUUCAGGCAGCUGCACCCACAGCCGCUCCCGUCCGACGACUUCCUGGACUGCCUGGGCAAGCAGGCCGAGGCGCUGCGGCCCUUCGCCGAUGCCCCGCGGGAGCUGCGCCUCCGCGCCGUCCGUGCCUUCGUGGCCGCCCGCUCCUUCGUGCAGGGCCUGGGCGUGGCCGGAGACGUGGUCCGCAAGGUGGCCCAGGUGCCCCUGGGCCCCGAGUGCUCGCGGGCCAUCAUGAAGCUUGUCUACUGCGCCCACUGCCUCGGCGUCCCUGGCGCCCGGCCCUGCCCCGACUACUGCCGCAAUGUGCUCAAGGGCUGCCUGGCCAACCAGGCCGACCUGGACGCCGAGUGGAGGAACCUCCUGGAUUCCAUGGUGCUCAUCACUGACAAGUUCUGGGGCCCAUCGGGUGCAGAAAGUGUCAUGGGCAGCGUGCACAUGUGGCUGGCGGAGGCCAUCAACGCCCUCCAGGACAACAGGGACACGCUCACGGCCAAGGUCAUCCAGGGCUGCGGGAACCCCAAGGUCAACCCCCAGGCCCCUGGAACGGAGGAGAAGCAGCACCGGGGCAAGCUGGUGCUGCAGGAGAAGCCACCUGCGGGCACCCUGGAGAAGCUGGUCUCCGAGGCCAAGGCCCAGCUGCGUGACAUCCAGGACUUCUGGGUCAGCCUCCCGGGGACGCUGUGUGCUGAGAAGAUAGCUAUGAGUGCCGCCAGCGACGAGCGCUGCUGGAAUGGGCUGACCAAGGGCCGGUACCUCCCGGAGGUCAUGGGCGACGGCCUGGCCAACCAGAUCAACAACCCCGAGGUGGAGGUGGACAUCACCAAGCCGGACAUGGCCAUCCGCCAGCAGAUCAUGCAGCUGAAGAUCAUGACCAACCGGCUGCGCGGCGCCUACAGCGGCAACGACGUGGACUUCCAGGACGCCAGUGACGACGGCAGCGGCUCGGGCAGCGGGGACGGCUGCCCCGACGAGGCCUGCCGCCGCAGGGUCAGCAAGAAGAGCUCCAGCGCGCAGACCACCUUGACCCACGCCCUCCCGGGGCUGUCGGAGCAGGAUGGGCAGAACUCGGGGGCCGGCCGCCCCCAGCCCUGGGCGGCCCUCCUGCUCCUGCUCCUCACCCUGGCCCUCACAGCGGCCGGGCCCCAGGAGCGGUAACUGCCCCUUGGCCUCCGGGACUGCAGCCAGGGGCAGACUUUGCCAAAACCCAGAAUGGAUGAUAUUUAAUUCCCUCGGCCACGAGGGGACCAGGGCGGGACGGGGAAGGGCAGUGGCUCCGCGUCUGCCCUGGGACCGGGGUGCACGUGCCAACCGCCCUGGCCUUUAGAUUUGUGCGAGGCCCCCAGGGAGCAGGGAGCAGGUGUCCCCAAAAGCCAUGGACUUCAGAGACCUCAGGGGCAUGGUGGCUGCCUCCCUGCGGCCCCUCCCCGUGCCCCCCAUGUGUGAGGCCCGCAGACGGGGCGGCGUGGCGGUUUCCGCUGGAGAGCGGGCCUGUGCCUUUCUCUCCCGCCCCCUCUGUGGGAACCGCAUGUGCAGACCCCUCCUCCCCAUCCAUCCCGCAGCCUCCCGGGCGCUGGGGAGGACGCUGGGGCUCCCACUUCCCAGGCCCUCAGGAUGGAGUGUGACACCUUAAAACUUGUGAGGGCCCCUGCUCCAAGCUGCUGCGCGGACCCCCACGGCCUCGAGGUGGAAGCCUGGCCCGGAAAAGGUGUCCUUGCUGCCGCGAAAGAUGUGGCGUGAGCCCCCUUGGCUGGGCAGGACAGUGCCAGACCCAGCCACGUCCCCUCUGGGCCCUGCUUUCCGCCGCUUGUGGUCUGCUUGGAGGGGCUGCCCUUCCCGGACGCCCCAGGAAAGCCGGCCCCGGGCCCUCUGCCUCCAUGGAGCGUCCCCGUGGCACACGGGCCCACCGCCUGGAUGAGGACCCCUGAAUACUGAGGGACAGCCCGGCCACCGCCCUCCCCAUCCUCACCCAGACCCAGGGCCAGACCCCAGCACAGGGGACGCCGGCCCAGGCUCCUGGUGACCCGUGGCUGCGUCCUGGCCAGGUGGACACUGGGUGCCCAGGGGAAACGAGCUCAGGGGCAGCUGGGCCUGGUACUGCAGGGCAGGGGGCCCCUGGGUCCCCCCAACGCUGCCAGUAGCAGGGGGUGGGUGGGGUGGGGCAGAACUUUGACAGUCAAGGGCUUUCAUUCGCGGCCACGCAUUUACAAACGCUUCUGGUCUUCCUUCACCCUGGGCUGACCUUUGACCCUGGUGGCCUUCCCUGGCCCCAGAAUCUGGGCAGACCCCAGGCUGCCAGGCCCCUCUCCCCUCUCCCUCCUGGGCCCUCGCUGACAGGCCCUGGAGGGGGACCUGCACCCUGUCAAGACAGGAAGGGGCCCCUUGGGGAUGUGGGGGGACCGCAGUCCCAACCGGCACCGGGGCCCCAAGAAUGCCAUUUAGCACUUGUUUACUCCACGCUGCGUUGGGGCACCUCCUGCCAGCAUGGCUGACCAGGUCAGGACCUCGGCCUGGGGCCCAGAGCCUCCUCUGGAACUGGUCCUUGAUGGGCCAGGACCCCUGCCCGGGCUCCCCGAGACAGACCCAGUCCCCACAGUGGCCGGUGCAGGGGCUGGGGACAGUCAGGGCCCCGAGGGAAGGGCAGCACUGGGGCAUGCACAGUGCUCUGUCCCUGCCCCGUGUCCCCUCCUGCCACCAGGCUGCCCCUUCCCUGCACUGCACGGGGACCUGUUCUUAGAGUCCUUGUGUGAAUAAAGGCUGGAGACGACA